UUCAAAUUCCUCUGAGGUGAACUCUGAGAAAGGAACUUGUGGGCACAGGAGGCCUGAGGAGGGAGAGAGCCAGAGGGGAAGACCCAGCCACUCCGCCAACCCACGGCCAGUCUUGGAAGCUGCAGUCAGCUGAAGCCGCCUCCCCUCAGGGCCCCAGCUAGCCUGUCUCUCCUUGGCCCUCAGUGCCUGCCGGGAAGGAAAGCCGGAUAGAGCAAGAAGACGAUGGAGCCAGGCAGGACUCAGAUAAGGCUCGAUCCCAGCACAAGAAUGAAACAGGACUGACAAUGGUCUGGUCAUUCCGGAAGGUCCUCAGGGACACUGUGGGGAAGGGUACACGGCAGAUCUUCUGGAGAUUCUGAAAACCAAUUACAGCGUUCCCUCUGCCUGCUUCUCUUACCCUCCCACUGCAGCCCAGCUUCUGAGAGCAUUGGGCCCUAUGGAAAUUUCCCUCAUGGUCAUCAUGACCCUGUUUGUCCUGGGCUCAAUAGCCAUCUUCCUGGAGGCUGCUGUCUACGUGUACAAGAACACUCGCUGCCCUAUCAAGAGGAAGACCCUGCUCUGGUGCAGCUCUUCACCCACGAUAGUGUCCGCAUUCUGCUGCUUUGGUCUCUGGAUUCCUCGUGCCCUCACACUUGUGGAAAUGGCCAUAACUGCGCCCACCUCCCACCUCUCCGCCAACUCCAGGUUUUACGCAAUGUGCUUUUACCUGCUGAUGCAGGCCAUGGUGGAAGGCUUUGGUGGGAAGGAGGCAGUACUGAGGACACUGAAGGACACCCCAGUGAUGAUCCACACAGGCCCCUGCUGCUGCUGCUGCCCCUGCUGCCCCCGAAUCAAGAUGACCAGGAAGAAACUUCAGCUGCUGCUGUUGGGCCCCAUCCAGUACGCCUUCUUCAAGAUAUCACUGAGCCUGGUGGGCCUGUUUCUCAUCCCUGAUGGCAUCUUUGACCCAUCAGACAUUUCUGAGGGGAGCACAGCUCUAUGGAUCAACACUUUCCUCGGUGUGUCCACCCUGUCGGCUCUGUGGACCAUAGGCAUCAUUUUUCGUCAAGCCAGGCUGCACCUGGGCGAGCAGAACAUAGGAGCCAAAUUUGUUCUGUUCCAGGCACUCCUUAUUCUGUCUGCCCUGCAGCCAUCCAUCUUCUCAGUCUUGGCCAAUGGUGGGCAGAUUGCUUGUUCGCCUCCCUUUUCUUCUAAAACCAGGUCUCAAGUGAUGAACUGCCACCUCCUCAUCCUCGAGAGUUUUCUGAUCACUGUGCUGACACGAAUAUACUACCGAAGGAAAGAUGACAAGGUUGGAUAUGAGCCUUUCUCUUCUCCAGACCGGGAUGUGAACCUCAAAGCCUGAGGUGAAUGGCUUGGACAAUGGAAGAGACACUGUAUUCAUUAGACGGGCACAAGGCUUCUUUACUGUUCUUCAACCUUGACCAAAUGGGGACCAAUUCUAUCGUCAGUGCAAGCUGGCAAAUGAUGUAUGCUUGACUGUAGAGACGAAUGAGAACUAUGCAAUAGGAUUAAAUUGUUUUGGAUCUUGCCUGAGGAAGGUAUUUUAAGCUUAAUAAACAGGAUGGAGUUUGAUUUUCUACAACUGGGCACAUUGCCUCCAUGGGUGCCACUAUUAGCCCAUCAAGAUUGUAUAUUAAAAGGUUACUCUGAGCUUUCCCAAAGCAAAUGAAAGGGGGAAGAGUGUAUGACAGUUUUCUUGGUAUAGUAACAGGAAUAGAACUCAGCCAGGCAAAACAGUAUGAACCCAAAGUCUCAAAGAAACCAGGCUUCUGAAGAACAGAUGGAAGUUGUUUUUUUCCCUUACAGAUGUGUCAGUAGGGCACUGUUGACAUUAGACCUGGGAGAUCCAGAUCAGCCUCCCUUUGUGGGCCAAUGGCUUUUUGAGUCUUCUGUACCAAGCGGCAAAAGGAAUUGCAAUG